AUGGAACCUCCUAAGCCGCAAACCCUGACGGGCAAAAUCGCCAUUGUCACCGGCGCAUCGCGAGGUAUUGGCGCUGGCAUCGCUUUGGAUUUGGCGGAACGGGGCGCGAGAGUCGCAAUCACAUACACCUCCAACAGCAGCACCGCCCUCGCAACCAGCCUCGUCAACCAAAUCAGUUCCCUCCCAAAUCACACCACCACCUCAUCCACAACUCCAUCUCCAGCCAUCGCUAUCGCCAUCCAAGCCGACCUCACCAUCCCCACCUCCGCCUCACACAUCAUCACCACCACCCUCUCUGCCUUCCACACCUCCACCAUCGACAUCCUCGUCAACAACGCCGCCGUAUCCACGCCUUCCCCAUUACCCAACAUUACCCCGACAACUUACGGUGAUACAUUCAACCUGAACGUCCUUGCGCCGAUUCUUCUCACGCAAGCUAUCUUGCCUUACCUCCCAUCCCAAAAACACACCCCAAGAGAGUCAAGAGCCGGAGGAGCAGGCGGCCGAAUCAUCAACAUCAGCUCCGUCGCCUCCCGCAGCGGCUUCAAUAAUCUCUCCCUCUACAGCUCCUCCAAAUCCGCCCUGGAAGGGUUAACCCGCUGCUGGGCCACCGAGCUCGGCGCGGGCGGACACACCGUGAACGCGGUGAACAUAGGCCCUGUGCAGACGAACAUGUUGGAUGGGAUCGAUCAGGGGUUGGUGAGGAGACAGGUCGAGGAGACACCGGCGGAUGGUGGACGGAUUGGGGAGAUUAGGGAUGUUACUCCGGUUGUGGGGUGGCUUUGUGCCGAGGAGUCGAGGUGGGUUACGGGGCAGGUUGUUUCGGUGAGUGGGGGGUGGAGGAUGUAUUGA